CUCGCGGUUGUUGGCUUGUUUUUGCCUUGCUACCCUACGUUUAGAGCCGAACAAAACCGGACAUGAACCGCGCCGUCUCCAACCUGCGAGCCCGCCACGUCGCCCGUCUCGGCUCCUUCUGCGCCUCCUCCUCCUCCUCCUCGUCGCCGGCGUCGGAGGCGUGGGACGGACGGUUCCGGCUACACAAGCCGCGGGGGCAGCACCUACUGACCAACCCGCGCGUCCUCGACGCCAUCGCCCGCCACGCCGCGCUCCGCCCGGGCGACGCCGUACUCGAGGUCGGCCCCGGCACCGGCAACCUCACCGCCCGCCUCCUCGCCUCCCCAGCCGCACGAGUCUCUGCAGUCGAGAUCGACCCGCGCAUGGUCGACGCCGUCACGGCGCGCGCCAGCGCGCUCAACCUCGCGCACAAGCUCACGGUGAUCCUGGGGGAUGCCGUCGAGACCGACUUCCCGGAGUUUGACGUCUGCGUGGCCAACAUUCCAUAUGGGAUCUCCUCGCCGCUGAUCGCGAAGCUGCUGUUUGGCACCUACCGGUUUCGUACAGCGACACUGCUGCUGCAGAAGGAGUUUGCGCGGCGGCUCGUGGCCAAGCCGGGCGACUCCGAGUAUAACCGUCUGGCAGCCAAUGUUCACAUGGUGGCGGAAACGAGGCUGCUCAUGGACGUGAGCAAGAGGGACUUCGUGCCCAUGCCCAGGGUAGACUCCUCCCUGGUUGAGAUACGGCCGAGGGUGGACAUGCCUGAGGCCGACCUUGCUGAGUGGCUUGCCUUCACCAGGGAGUGCUUCGGCCAGAAGAACAAGACCCUUGGUGCCAUCUUCAAGCAGAAGAGGAAGAUCCUGGAGCUUUUCAAGCGGUCUCAUAGAACCAAGAGAUGCGCAGACGAUGCCCCAGGUAGGGGUGUCAUCCUUGGUGUUCUUGACGACGAUAAUGAUGAAGCCUGCAGUGAUGACGAUGGUAAUGAUGACAAUGGCCGCAGUGAUGUGGUAGCUGGUUUCAACAAGGAAGAUGUUGGCGCAUUCAAGGAGAGGAUAGCCAAUGCAUUGGAGUCAACCGAGCUUGCAGGGAAGAGACCGUCGCAGCUUUCAAACGACGAGCUCCUACGUUUGCUCAGGCUGCUGAACGAGCGAGGGGUAUGGUUUCAGUAGCACAUCCCAUUUCUGAUUUGCCAUUCAAUCUACUGAUGAGCAGCUGAGGUUUCUACUGGUGCGGCAGUUGGUGGCUCGCGACCACUCGCGGCAUGAAAAUGAUCAAUUUCUCAGAAAGACGCUCCUUGAGACCUUGACAGAAACAGCAACUUAAUAAGAAGCUGCCACAUGACCGUACGUCAUGAACCAGCACAGAAAGGAGUUUGUCACUCUAUGGAUGUAUGUCAAAGCGUAAGCGUAGGCUCAAUGUGCUCAGAGAUGUGGAGAGAGUAUUCAGUUCCAUCCAUCUAACAUAUAUUCAUGCAACUUAACUUCAAACAUAUCGCUACUAAGAAAGUCAUAUUUUCCAUUAUCGUCAA